AUGUCUGACAGGUCAGUAGGAGGCUUGAGGAGUGAAAGUAAACUAAAAAUAUAUAAUACAAUCACAAAGAAAAAGGACGAGUUAAAGAUGGAGGGAUACUUCUUUAAGUGGUACACAUGCGGGCCCACUGUGUAUGACUCUGCCCACAUAGGACAUGCACGAAGUUACAUCACACUAGACAUAAUUAGAAAGACUCUUGAGAGAUACUUUGGGUACACGAUAACCUACAUAAUGAACAUAACAGACAUUGAUGACAAGAUCAUACUAAAAGCAAAGGAGACAAUGGAAAGUCUUCCAGAAAAUAUUCAUGAAGAGUUUAAAAAGCUCUCAAUUAAUAAUAUAGCAGAAGAGACAGAAGAACAAAAAAGAAUACAUAUAGCAACUAGGGCAGUAAGCAGGAAAUAUGAACAGGAAUUCUUUGAUGAUAUGGCAGCCUUAGGUGUUGAUCUUCCAAAUUACACAACAAGAGUGAGUGACUACGUCGAUGAAAUAAUCAACUUUAUUGUAGGAAUUGAAGAGAAGGGAUAUGCAUAUGAGAGUGAAGGAUCUGUUUAUUUCAAUGUGGAAAAGUAUAAGGAGACACAUAAGUAUCCAUUAAUGUGCAAUGCAACCACACAGGAAGACCAGCAGAGUCUCCUGGAAGAAGGAGAAGGGAAAUUAACUGCAGGACAAAAGAACAGAAGGGAAGACUUUGUCUUAUGGAAGGCAAGCAAGGAAGGAGAACCAGCCUGGACAUCAAAGUGGGGACCAGGCAGGCCUGGGUGGCACAUAGAAUGCAGUGCAAUGGCAUCAAAUAUUGCAGGUGGCAGGAUAGACAUGCACUCCGGUGGAAUUGAUCUUAUGUUCCCGCACCAUGACAAUGAAAUUGCGCAGUCAGAAGGCCAUGGAUUAAAUAACUGGGUCGGUCAUUUCUUGCACACAGGACACCUGCACAUUGAAGGCAUGAAAAUGAGUAAGAGUUUGAAGAAUUUCAUUAAAGUGGAAGAACUUCUAAAGAAGGGAACUACUAGAGAACUGCGCCUGAUGUUCAUACUUCAGAGAUACAGUGGCCCAAUGACUUACAGUGAAGAAAGCCUAGAGAGAGCAAAGGUAAUUGAUAAAAAGAUAUUUAGGUAUAUCUCACUCUAUACGGAUACACCAGCCAAGUCAGUCAAUGCAGUGCACCCAUUUACAGACGCAGAGAGAGAAAUCUUGCAGGAAUUUGAAAGAACAGCACGGGAGAUUGACCAGGCCAUAAAGGAUGACUUUAAUUUCCCAAAGGCACUAAAACUGGCAGUGGACCUGGCAAGUAUCGAGUCAAAGACUUCUCUUAGAGAGAUUCAUCAGCAGAUAGCCGGGUACCUAAAGGGUCUUAUGCACAGUAUAGGCCUGGAAAUAGAAGUAGAGGCAGGUGCCUCUGCAUCAACUGAAAUGGUUGAAAUAAUAAGCAUGUUUAGGAACAGAAUCAGAGACCUAGCAAAGUCAUCAGCCGACAAGAAGUCUUACUUUGAGGCAUGUGAUGAAAUACGAAAGGAAAUGGAGACACGUGGCUUUGUAAUUGAAGAUGGCAAUGGACAAGCAUCUUCUUCUGUCAGAAAGAAGUGCUAA